CUCCUGCUCCUCGUCUUUUUUAGUUCUUCGCGUCUGGUCUCCCAGAAACAACACCAAACGAGGCUCAGCGCUUGCGGCCGCAGACCAACGAAAUAUCUGGUGGUGGUUAGCUAGCUGCCUGCCCCGGUCGCUGUGAGCUUCCAGAUCAGGAGGUGCAAGCGGAGCAGAGUAGAGUAGCGCGGCGAGGAGUUCAGGAGGAGCGGGCGAUCGAGAUGGAAGGGUAGCACGGUUACAGCCCACUCGCCGGCGACGGAGACGGGGUGGAGACGGUGAUCUGCGGCGGCGGCGAAGGCGACAAUGUGAAGCUGUGGCUACUCGGCUACAAGCCACACCUCAAGCGCGACCUCUCCUACGUAUCUCGUCUUCCUGCUCACCUCUUCUUCAAUCUUCGUCCAGAUGCCUUGCCCAUGGGACGAUUCUUCGCCAGAUCAGCCCUCCCGGCCCUCCCGCGACCAGUUUCCAUGGCCACUCCCGGUUCCAGGUUCAAUCUGCAGGGCAUCAUUGUAUCCUAUACUUGUAUGUGCCAACCAUGUUUGGAUCUGAUUUGUUUUAUCAAGCCGUGACUACAAGUUUCUGAUGAAAUAUUAGUGGAAAGUCAGACCUAUAAUAAAGUAAUAAAGAUGACAGGAAUGGCACUAACGUCUUGAUAAAAACAAUGAUACCGGGAAUGAAAUAGUUUGGAUUUGAUACAGGAAACUGCUCUUAAUCAUGUGACGACCGCUGGGCUGCUAGGUGAUGGUUUUGGCUCCACACCAGAGAUUGAGUAAACGAAACUUGUUCUGGAUGGUUAGCCAAAUGCAGGCCAAAUUUGCACUUUAUCCAUGCUGUUAAUGGGUUAUGAUGAACAAGCUUACUAGGAAGCUUGCAAGAAUUCCAGAUGAAGUGCGGACCGAAAUAGAGCUAUACUUCUUUGAGCGCACUGUUAUUGUUGACCAAGACAACCGAAAACUUCCAAAUUUACCAGAGGAUCAAAGUGCUAUUGCAGCCAAAUAUGUCAGACCUGAUUUAUUCCACAGUCCCAAAAGGCCAAAACCAUCUCCCUCCCCUGCUCUGCCGUCAGGAUCUCCUCUUCCGCCGCCGGCGAUGGAUGUCUCCGCCGUGCACGCCGCCCUCUCCGACAAGUCCUACUCCGACCUCGCCCCCCUCUGCGACGAGCUCUUCCUCCAGGCCGCGUCCCGGGGUGCCGCCACCGACGACUGGCCCUACGCCGUCCACCUCCUCGCCCACCUCUACCUCAACGACCUGAACAGUGCGAGGUUCCUGUGGAAGUCGUUGCCGCAGGAGGUGAAGGACGCGCGGCCGGAGCUUGCUGCCGUCUGGAGGAUCGGUCAGUGUCUCUGGAACCGCGACUACGCCCUCGUCUACACAGCCACGCAAGGGUUCGAGUGGGGCCCUGAGCUCGCUGACUUCGUCACUGCCUUCCUAGAAAGCUACAGAAAGAGGAUAUUCCAGCUCUUGACUUCUCCGUAUUCCACAAUCAGCGUUGCUGAUGUGGCUCAUUUCAUGGGGAUGAGUGAGGAGGAUGCUACAAACUAUGCUGUGCAAAAUGGUUGGAGUUUAGAUGCGGCAACCAAGAUGCUUACUGUCAAAAAACCAAAGGUUCAGACCAACCAGAAGCUUGACGCAAGCAAACUGCAGCGUCUGACUGAAUGCGUUUUCCACCUGGAACACUGAUGCCCACUGUUAAUUGUGUUGCAUUACCAUUACUUUUCUAUGUCAAGUCUAAGAAGCCUGUUUACCAUUUGAUAGCUAGAUACCUUAACGGCUAGGUCGAUAUUUAGCUGGAAAGGGGAGUUCUCUCGGUACUGAAUUUGCUUGAUUUCUGAUUAGUGUGCUAGCCGUUACUGUACCUCCUGUUUGUUCAUAUGGUACUCUUCCAGCCAGAGGUGGACUGAAAUCAGACAUGCUUUGCCCAUGUUUCGGCUAGCUGAUAGAUAUUAACUUUCUUAUUGGUA